CGGAGCAUGAUCUCAUUUGUGAUUGGCUGACCCCGCUAAGCGAGAGGGUGAUCUGAAAGGCUCCCGAGUAGUCCAACGUCACCCUGAUCGCGUUGUUAUAUAUGUCCUCCGCUCCCUCGCGUUGGCCGUCAACCCUUUAGCACCGUAUCCCGCUUAUCGCCAUCGUCACUUGUUAACUACGACUUCUUAAUUAACACCUUCACAAAAACUCAUAUUCCACCUAUCAAAAUGACUGGAGGCAAAUCUGGAGGCAAGGCCAGCGGCAGCAAGAACGCCCAAUCCCGCUCGUCUAAGGCCGGUCUCGCCUUCCCCGUUGGUCGUGUCCACCGUCUGCUCCGCAAGGGCAACUACGCCCAGCGUGUUGGUGCCGGUGCCCCCGUUUACCUCGCUGCCGUCCUUGAGUAUCUCGCCGCCGAAAUCCUUGAAUUGGCUGGCAACGCUGCUCGCGAUAACAAGAAGACCCGUAUCAUCCCUCGUCACCUUCAGCUCGCCAUCCGCAACGAUGAGGAACUGAACAAGCUUCUGGGUCACGUCACCAUUGCCCAGGGUGGUGUCCUCCCCAACAUCCACCAGAACCUUCUGCCCAAGAAGACCCCCAAGAGUGGAAAGGGCCCGGGAAGCCAGGAGCUGUAAACAAUUUCUUUCUAAUUUGGGUUCUCUGAUUCGGCGCGGUUUGGUUCUCUUAUUGAUGUGAUAACGGGGUUCUGGUCGGAACGUUUAUGGCUCUGCGUUUUCUUUUUUCUAGUUUCCACAGUUUAUGGUUGUACAUUAUGUCUACGGACAUGGAAUGAUACCGACAGCAUUUUCACGGAUUUAAUUUUCUAUCCUAGUCAAGACUCGUGUAAGGAGUGCGCUCGCCUAGUGAAGACCAAAUGGUGUCCUUUGAGCUGUUUUCACCUAGAAGUGGCCCAAUAUUUAUGCAAUUAAAGGUCCCCCAGGAUAUAUGGAUGUAGUACGCAAUUUAUUCUCAUCUAUGGAC